UCUGAACUUGAUUUGGUUUCAGUUCUUUUCCAUCAAUCCAGUUUGAAACACCCUUCAAAAUGAGCAACAGAAAUACUACAGGAUUUAGGGGGAUAUUUAAAAAGAUGUACAGGGGAGAAAUUCUCGAGCGUGACUCGCAGCAGAAAAGCUACGUUGUGGAGGGUUCCCAGCCGCCAAGACCCGAAAAGGAGCGUAGUCAGGAUCGCAAGGAGCAGGAAAAGCAACGCAAGAAGGAGCAGGAACUUGAGCGCAAGCGGGAGCAGGAAAGGCGGAAGGAACUCGAGCGGGAAAAGCAGACGAAAAAGCAGCUUGAAAAGCAACGCCAGCAGGAAUGGAAAAAAGAACUGGAGAGGGAACAGCAGCGCGAGAGGGAGCUGGAGCGGGAUCAUCCAAGACAGGCGGCAGCCACGCCCGCAAAGAAACCAAAUCCCGAGAUCGUCAGGUUCGACGAGGAGUUCGAACGUGACAUUGAAACCUUGGAGCGCCAAAUAUGUAACCUGGAUUUUCGCUCCAAGACCAUGGCCACCAUGUGGAUUGACAAGCUGCGCCGCACACCCCAGAGUGUAGCUGAGGCCAGGUCGAGGAACAUAAUAACAUCCCACAUCCUCAAGUGCUGUGGCGAAAACAUCUUCAAGAAGGAGCCUUUCAACCAUCCUCCACCACCCGAAAAUUUGGCAACCAUCAGGGAGCAAAUGUUCCUGACCCGGGAUAGUACGUGCCAUGGUAUGCCAGUGGCUAAGCAGAGGGAACCGAACAGCUACUUAACUCAAUUGUUUAACGACUCCUACGAUGGUGGCGAGUUCCUAAGCCAGCUACCCGUGCCACGUGACGGGGCUUUCUUCAUCCUGCACAUGCGUCCAAAUUUAUAGAAGUAAAUUGAAUCGAAACACAACCUAGCUAAAUUCAAAAUUUAAAAAUAAUUAUUUAUCCAUGAAUUUUCUUGAAUUUUGUAUGGAAAGUGUCAGCAAAGAAACUUUUAAAGUUUUUUUUUUAUUAUAACUAAAUAAAACUAUUUUUAUAAUAAUGUA